CAGAGCACAGUCAUGAACGACAUCAAGCUGGCCCUGCUGGGGAGCCAGGGGGCUGGGAAAUCAGCUGUCCUUGUGCGGUUCCUGACCAGGCGCUUCAUCGGUGAAUAUGCCUCCAACACCAAUUCUCUGUACCAUAAAAGACUGUCAAUUGAUGGCAGGCAGCUGAACCUGGAGGUUUUUGAUCCCUGCUCUCAGAGCUCGGAGGCCAGGUGUAUACUGGAGGAGCCGGUGGACUGGGCGGAUGGCUUUGUGGUUGUGUACAACAUCAGCGACCGCACCUCCUUCAUCAACGCCAAGAACAUCCUUCGGCAGAUUCGGGAGACGCGCAUGGACAACUGCAAAGGGGACACGGAGGUUCCUGUGUGUCUGGUGGGUAACAAGCAGGACCUGUGCCACGUCCGGGAGGUACGUGAGGACGAGGGCCGCUGCCUGGCUCAGGAGAACCGCUGUCACUUCCAGGAGGUGUCGGCGGCCGAGAGCUACCAGGACAUCGCCAAUCUCUUCACACAACUCAUCCGACAGGUGAUGGAUCACCUGAAGUACAGAGCCGACCGACGACGCUACAGCGGCUCCAAGUCUAUGGCCAAACUCAUCAACAACGUGUUUGGCAAGAGGAGGAAGUCGGUGUGAUUGUUUCCAGUCAAGUCAGUGGAUGAUCAGCUGAAGGGAUGUUGUGUGUAUGGAGCCACGUUAAAGGGAACUAAGAGGUUACAUGCAGUGUGAGAAAACUGUAGAGUUUAUGCACAGUGGUCCAAACACCAACCCUGUGUUCACACACUGAGCAACAUGGAUGGUUGGUGGAGAGGUUUGGAUGGUGCCUGCAACUACACAAUUUACAGGCAGAUAUUAGUACAUGUAUUUGGCAAGUUCUGUGCUUUUUGUUGCUUUGGUUUGUCUGCUGUGAGCUGAGACAGAUAUUUACUCGAGGAAUAAUUCGACUGUUGUCAUCAAAACAGAGGUUAUAGUUGAAUAGGACAGUGGUUCCCAACCUGAGGGACUGGACCCUGAGAACACGUCACAAGACGAUUAAAAGGACAGUAAAGCAUAAAAACAGACCUUUCUCUGAUGUUUUGUUUUUAUUGUAAACUACAGGUUAGUCUCCCUUCAUCAGCGUUCAAAAAAUAUAUUCAACGAAACAAAUAAACAGAACUAGACACCAUCUUGCCAUGUGAUCACAGCGUGACACGCGUCAACAUGUUGACCUUCCGACCCAUGAGUGCUCAGUAGUCAUUACCACAUUAUUACGUGAGUACUCAGUGCUCAUGCGUCAGACCACAACCAUCUUCAAACUUGGCCUUCAUUUUGAUCUCAACUACACAUCUGUCGAGAUUUGUAUCAGUAUCUUGCGUAAUGUCAAAAUCUGUCCACAGACACACACCUG